AUGAGCUCGUUAAGACACCAGGUGGUGAAGGUCUAUAAAGAGCUUCUCUUCCUUGGUCGAGAUUAUCCUCUUGGAUACGCAUAUUUCCGAGAACGGCUGCACCGGGCGUUUGCCAGCCAGUCGCACAUCACGGACGAAGCUGAGAUCAAAAAGGGCAUAGAAAGAGCCGAGUUUGUGAAGAAAGAAGUCGAAGCAUUGUAA